AUGUCAAGUGGACAAAAGACAAAGCACAUGGACAAUCGAUAUUUCUGGAUCAAAGAUCGUUUGAAGACGGAAGGUAUCGAAGUCCAAUAUUGUCCAACGGAGAAGAUGUUUGCGGAUUUUUUUACGAAACCUCUACAAGGCAACUUAUUCAGAAAAUUACGUGAUGUGGUUCUGGGAUACAAACACAUUGACUCCCUUUUCCAAACGGAGGAAUCAUCAUCACAGGAGCGUGUUGGAAGUCAAGAUCAAAGAGAGGACUAUGUUAGUUCUGAUGAUAGUCCGUCCGAAGUGAAGAAGAUGUCUUGGGCAGAUGUUGUCCGUAAGAAUCGUGUACAAUAG